UCUGUUUUGAGCCAGGGAAAAAUUGGCACUGAGCACUAGCACAGCCUGCUAACAUUACUUGUGAUAACAAGUUAGCAAUUAUUCGCUAGUUAACUGAGUUUAACAUUAAGGAGAAGGAUAAUCUGACCUUAGUGCCCAAACAUCUGGGUAUGUAGUCGGUCAUUGAAUGUAUAUGAAUGUGGCUUUUGGUGCAGGCGGGGACGGCAGCUACAGGGAUAAGCUGUACGGUGAGCUCCUGCUAGCAAUGCUCACAUACCUUUAGGCGGCUUGCUAUUUGUCUGGUAAAAGGUGAAUUUAGUGUGUUUCGAAUAGGACAAGCCGUUACCAUUUAUACUUGGAGUUCGUUUCAAAGACAAAACUAGUUUAAAAAGUCACACACUAAAGCGGUUGAGUUAGCUGGCUAGCUGGGUCGCCUGCAAGUGCAAGGUUAGCUGCUUAAAACGAGCCACCUGGACACGAAAACCGUCAAGAGAGGGCUAUGUCUUCAGCACCCACCACACCCCCGUCGGUGGACAAGGUGGACGGCUUCACCAGGAAGUCUGUCAGGAAAACCAGGCAGAAGCGAGCACAGAGCUCGUCUCAGUUCAGGUCUCAGGAUAAGCCCAUAGAUCUGGUGCAGCUGGCGCUGCUCAAAGAUGUUUCGCCUCAGGAGCAGCCAGAGUUGUUCCUCAAGAAAGUGCAGCAGUGCUGUACACUGUUUGACUUCAUAGACACACUGUCUGAUCUUAAAAUGAAAGAGUAUAAACGCACAACCCUCAAUGAGCUGGUGGACUAUGUCACUGUUAGCCGGGGCUACCUUACUGAACAGACUUACCCUGAGGUGGUCAAAAUGGUGUCCUACAAUAUUUUUCGGACCCUUCCACCUAGUGACAGUAAUGAGUUUGAUCCAGAGGAAGACGAACCCACGCUGGAGGCCUCAUGGCCACAUUUACAGCUUGUCUAUGAGUUUUUCAUUCGCUUCUUGGAGAGUCAGGAAUUUCAGCCCAGCAUUGCCAAAAAAUACAUCGACCAGAAAUUUGUAUUACAGCUCUUGGAGCUGUUUGAUAGCGAGGACCCUCGGGAGAGAGACUGCCUGAAGACAGUCCUUCACAGAAUCUAUGGCAAGUUCCUCGGUCUCAGAGCCUUUAUCCGUAAACAGAUCAACAACAUUUUCCUUUGUUUUGUUUACGAGACCGAGCACUUCAAUGGAGUAGCUGAACUGCUGGAGAUUUUGGGAAGCAUCAUCAAUGGGUUUGCACUCCCGCUCAAAGCCGAACACAAGCAGUUCCUGGUUAAAGUCCUGCUGCCUCUCCACACAGUGAGGAGCUUGUCUCUUUUCCAUGCCCAGCUGGCUUAUUGCAUCGUACAGUUCUUGGAGAAAGACCCCACGUUAACAGAGCCUGUGAUCAGAGGUUUGUUGAAGUUCUGGCCAAAAACCUGCAGUCAAAAAGAGGUUAUGUAUCUUGGAGAGCUGGAGGAGAUUCUCGAUGUGAUUGAGCCCACUCAGUUUGUUAAGAUCCAGGAGCUGCUCUUCAAACAAAUUUCUAGAUGUGUAUCCAGCCCUCAUUUUCAGGUGGCAGAGCGAGCCUUGUACUACUGGAACAAUGAGUACAUUAUGAGUCUGAUCGAGGAGAACUCCAGCGUCAUCCUGCCUAUCAUGUUUGCCAGCCUGUACAGGAUCUCUAAAGAGCACUGGAACCCGGCAAUAUCAGCUUUGAUCUACAACGUACUCAAGGCAUUCAUGGAGAUGAACAGCACACUGUUCGAUGAGCUUGCAGCCAGUUACAAAUCGGAACGGCAAAGGGAAAGGAAGAAGGAUAAGGACCGGGAGGACCUGUGGAGGAAGUUGGAGGAGCUUGAACUCAGACGAGGCAUCCAAAACAGCGAUGGCGUCAUUCCCACCUAACACGGACUUUGCUCCGCCCCUCUACGUGGCCCCAACCAAUCCCUUUCUACUCUGCCACAGGGAUCCCGCCCCCUCUUUGCUUCUCAUGCUCUACGUACUUUACCGCACACUCCCUCAAUCACUUCCUCCCUUUCAACUGCACUGUAAAUAACCCUCUCCCUCUUUCCUGUAUCAUGCUACUACACUGAAUGGAAGAAAAAAAUCGAUUAUGUGUACCUAUGGGGAAGGAAGACUUCAUGCACUCCUGUAUGUAUAAAAGAUAUGGUAAAAUGAUAAUCAACUAUGGUCAAAGGAUAUAUUUUAAAAACUUCAGAAAUUGUUCAGCCUCUUCAUGUCGAUACUGAGCGUGAUUCCCGUGUUCUCCAAGAAAGUGCCCUGGCUCCUUUCAUCAAGACAUUUUGAGGGCUUCGGAUCUCUCUGCGAUAAAAGAUGUCUUAUGAUGACCUCACCUCCAUGUAUUCUUAUUUCCGUACAAAGAAAGACUUGUCCAGCUAAGCAACAUUGAUCUCCUCUGACUCAGGGGACACACAAACCCCCAUACUCAAAGUGAGUUUAGGACUGGUGGGAAAGCGAUAAACGUCCUCUUUGUGGUGUGCACUUUCAUGUUGUUUUGGACAGGAUCAACAAAACGCCUAUUCAGUCCAGUUCUUUACUGUACAAUAAGGACAGGUGCUUUACUGCAAUUGGCACCACCGACCAGAAAGCUUAAUGUAAAGGAUGGGCCACAGUUGGCUACAAUGGAUAUCUGUGCUGAAUUCAGAGGACAAACCUCUCUGAGGACCUUUUAUUUUUUUAACAUGUGAACCAGGUUAUAAUCUGGUAAUAGAUUCAUGCUGUCUGCUGUGGAAGCCUCUUGGGAUUUCCAAUAUGGAAAUUCAGUAGUUUACCAAGAAGUGGCAACGCAAUUGUCAGUAUGUUUUCAGAAAAGCUCAGUUUCUCUGACACUAUUAAGAACCAGGGGAAUUUUGGUGGCACGCCGUGUUCAAAGCUUAUUCAGUGUUUUUAAACAGUUAAGUGACAUAUAUUUUUCAUAAAAAAACAUUUCUGGACUGCUUAUCAUGGGCCACCCAGAUUUCCACUGAUCAGCUGUUAGUAAUGAUUUCACAAUGGUUGAAUGUUGUCCACGACUGAGUCAAGCAAGACAAGGUCUUUCCUUUCUGUUAAUGGAGUGUUGAAAAUAAAAUCCUGCUGUUGGGUUUUUAGGGCCCAUGUAGGUAAAAGCUGAUCCAGUAGGUCGUAAUCUUUCUUCUGAAACACCAGCUGCCAGGGCAGGCUAGAGCUACAAAAGCACUUCAAGUUAGCUAAUUAGUGGUUCUCGUGGGACUUCACCCCCUUUCUUCUCUUUUAUUUGAAGUUCCGAUAAUCGUGGUUGUGGAUUUUACAUGUGAGGAGGAUGUAUUUUAUUAUAUUUUAUUUUUGGCUUAAUCAUGUGUCUCUUUCGCUCUUCCUUGUUUUAAUUCUCCCAGGCUCAUUGUGUGUUUAUGAUGGCCCACGUUUGAUAUGUAAAAAAUCAAAGAAAGGGUUUGAUGAAUAGAAUAAAUUUAAUUAUUUUAAAAAAGAGAUAUUAAAUAAACCUGUUUUUUUGUGAUAAA